AUGAAAGAGCCUGAAGAUGAACCAUUUGUUACAAAAGUGGCGAAAAUCAACCGUGGUAUGUUUCUAAGUUAAACAAGAAUAUUAAUAUAUUAUGUAUAUUUUUUAAACAGAAUGAAAAGUAGUACCUAAAUCUCAAAUUUCAGCCCAAUUUUACCUUGUAAUCAUCCUUCUCCUUCUCUUUACCUUCAUUACCGUUUUCACUGUUGGCUUCGCCUUCGUACUGAUACACCAAACAUACUACGCCGAGUCCCAAGCUUCAAACUUCAGAUACGAUGUAUUACUAUCGCAACUGCCAUCAGCUAUGCCUUUAGGCCUUUCUCGACAGUCGAGGGCCUUGAAACUAGAGAAAUCAGCCAAAUGUUUGAAAGUCAAUUGUUUGGCUGGGUUUGACUUUAAUGAGGAGACGAUUCAGGAUGAGAUUGAUCUUGAUAUUGGCAGAAAACUUAUCGAACUUGAGCCGGAAGUGAGUAUCGCUUUUUUACUUUUUGUUAAACUUUAGUUUUGAAGCCAAAUUUUUUGAAUUUUUAUAAGUAAAUCAACUAUUACAUUAUAUUUUGCGGUUUUUGAAAUUUUUUUUGAAAUUAGGGGUAAAAAUAGUCAUAAAAAAUAAUUUCCAGGACGAAACAGAAGAAAAAAUAGGAUUAGCUUUCUUGAAAUGUAUGAGCAACAUGGAGGACAAAGAGAGUUCAAAGCGAACGUUUUUGGAUGUCUACAACAAGAUCAUGGACAUCGAAGUGUUUGUAGACAAAUUGAGGUACUUUUCAAUAACCAGUGUUCACACUACUUCCUUAAACAUGUUUAAUCAAACAUAAAUAAAAAUACUAUUUUCUAAAAUUUUUUUAAAUUGAAGACUAUAAAAUGAAACUUUUUAGUAAUGAACCAAAGAUUUCAUUAUCGACCGGUCUCACGAGAAUAGCACUGAUUUACUGGAAAGACCUUGGAAUCAACGUUCUGUUCAAUCACAAAACAUUUUGGAAUUUUGAUAGGAACGAUACAAACAGGCGGCUUACAGUAUACUUGAAGCAAAAUACACCCCCGAAAUUGGACUUGAAAUUGCUUCGACUGGUCGCAAAGGGAGCUCAAUUUACAAGUAAGUAGAAAUUUACUUUUUUUUGGUAAAAAAAAAUUUUUUUCCAAAGUACAGUAAUAAAAAUAUUUUUGUGGAUAUUUUUACAAUACCAUACGUUGUCUGAUGAUAUACAGUAUAUAUUAUGUGUAGCCUAUGCUAAUUUAAGAUCGCCGUACUGGAGCCGCAGACGUCUUCCAGUUCUUCAAUCACUCAGCUAACUCAAAAUUGCUACAAACAUCGUACUCGGCUGACCCAUUAUCAUGGAUAUCGAUUACUACUGAAGAAGCCAACGUACGAUGGCCGUUUUUUGAUUUUACAGAAUAUUUCCAUCAGCUUGGGUACCCCAUCAACAACUAUGCUGAUGAAGUUGAAAUGAAGUUUGUCGUGGAGUCUGUAGCUUAUCUGGACGCUUUGAAAGAAUAUCUACAAACUGCCAAACAGCCAGCUGCUUAUGCCUUUUUACAUUAUUUGGGAGUAAGUUAGGAUGUAUUACUAGUAAGUUAAGCUGUAUACUUUUAUUAUAAAUUUAUUUUUUGUUCUGCUUUUAGUUCUACACGACUUUGUACGAGUACCAGCACCACUUUAUGGUCGAUCAAUUUGAAUCUGGUGGGAAAAGAACUGUAAAUGUAAGUUUUCAUUCAAAAUUAAUAUACUGUCAUACAAAAAUCCAUUACAUUAAACAAAUAGUGUAUAAUACGUAACAACUCUUUUGAUUCCAGCUGGACACAUCUCUUCGCCGUUGCGGAGCCGAAGUCCGCCGAUUCCUGCCAGUAGCCGUGUCAAACAUCUACUCGAAGGACUUGGAGUUGUCAGAUGUUGAACUGAUGAUCACUGAGAGCACGAGCGUGUACAACUACAGUAACUAUGAGGAAGACUACCGAACAUACGAAGUAAAACGAGAUUUUACAAAGUUAUUUACAAACAAAAACUACCAUAACCGGCUACAGUAUGACAAACUGAAUGGUACUACGGUUGAUUUGGUGGUGCAGUUGAGGCAGUAAGUUCAGUUUUAUAAUACUAGAUUUGAAAAUGGCUGGAAAUGGGUUUUGGUGUUUACUGUUUUCGUCGCGGGACCAAAGUGUAACUGGGGAGGAACGCACUAGAUAGGAUUUGCGUAUAUUUGUCGCUAAAACCUUGUUGUACUUUGUAAUGAUAUUAUUAUAAAUCUCUCUGUUUUUAGUUUCCACGGCCUUCGUAACAUUUUGGCGUUGAUUCACAGCAAUUUAGAUGAAUAUGUCAACAAUUACGCUUACAAGUCAGCCUUGACCGUAUUACCUGAAUUCGUUGCUCAAGAACGUACCAUGUACAUCCCAUUAGGCAUCAUGAACUUACUGCAACAUAUUUACGACGACCAUUCUCAUGCACUUGAUGAAGAUACUAGGGUAGGUAUAUGUUUCUAUACGUAAACUAUGAUAGUUAAAACAUAUUUUUUAAGGUUUUUUGAAUUAUAACUUACCUAAUUAUAGUUUGAAAAGAUGCUCUCCACUUUGAAAUGUUUGAUCAGAACAGAAAAGCGUAAGGAACAGUACUUUUGGGACAAUGGUAACUCCAGAAGUACCAGAGGAAUGCUCAAGUCUCCACAAGCUUUAAGGAAGAUAAAGACCAACAAUUUAAAAAACAACUGUUAA